CACUCUUCCCAUGUAUUGAUAGAAUUAUAAUUAUUUUGUAAUUUAGGUAAGACAUCAUGUCAGUUUAUAAACUGUGGAAUGUGACUCGGACACUUAAAGUGUCUGUAAUUGCCUCUUCGAUUGAAGACCUGUUAGACAAAGGGUCUCGUAAACUGAAUCUCAACAGCAGCGAAAAGGUGACAGUUGUUCUCGAGGAAGAUGGAACUGAGAUUGACGAAUAUGAAAUUCUCCAGGCUUUCCAGGAAAAAGUUCUUCUCCUCCUCCUCCCUGAAGAAAUAUGGACCCCAGCUAGGGAGAGUUACUCAAGUUCUUCCUCUACUGACCAACCAACGAUUGUUUCACCUGCAGUCAGUCCACGGGCAGAUUCCUGUAUAAACACUUUGUCAAACAGCUCAACCCCGAUGCAACUUUCUACACCUUCAUCAAGUGCUUCCUCUCUAAAUGCAUUUUCAGUGACCGAAGCACUAUUGAGGUCUCCACUGCCAACAUUCAGCCCAAUGGUUGCCAGACAUUUAGAUGGUCAACACGCCAUACCCGAGAGAGUUUGGAACCUCAUGAUUGCCGAGUGUGCCAACCACUACUAUACUAAAUGUCCCAAUAUGAAUGAACAUCAACAUUAUCGCAUAAUUGGCAGCACCAUGUAUGCAAACUAUCCCAGCAUUGGGCUUGAUGGAGAAAAUCCUUGGUCCGCUUUUACAAAAAGCCUCUCUCAGAAAAUCCGUCACAUGAGAUUCAACCUCAAGGUAAAGAGCCAGUGUACAAAUCCAUCUGAUCAAGCCCUUUCCCCACCAGCUAAGAGGAAUUGUUUCAGAAUCAAUGAAGCUGUAACCGAAACGACCCAAAUUUCAAAUGAAGACACUGAACGUCAUGUGUCAGAGCUGCAGAGGGAAUGGGAAAAAACCCCGAAACAGCGCAAUAAACUCCAUAUCAGGAAACUCCUAAAGGAGACCCGUCAUGACAGAGUGGAUAUGCUGAGUAAGGCGACAAGUGGCACAAUAUCAUCCUUGUAUGACAAGUAUCCAUGCUUCAGAGAUGGAUCUUAUGUGCUGUAUGAAUUCGGACUUAUGUUCGGAAAUGAAAGGGCAAAAUUGGCUGCAACAAACCUAAAAAAUCUUGUUUUGGCUUGCGAAGGCAUGAGCAGCUUUGAACACAUCUCUGGGGAGACUAGUGAUGCAUUGAAGAUGAUCAAUGUCAUCAACUUCAUAGAACGCAGCACACGGAGGCAUCAAGGGGGGAUAGGAAAACGAAACAUGGGGUCAAUUGUACAAAUAAAGAAGGACGUUGCACAGUCUGACAUCAUGCCUGCCCUGAAGACGAAAGUGUUGGAAUCCCCCCGAAUAGUUAUAUUCAUGGAUGGUGACAAAGUCCAAGGAAUAUUUUUGGUUGGAGAUACGGUAUACACAGAGGUGAAGAAGGAGGGCGGUGUGCUGGCGGCAGUUAUCAAAUUGAUCGCCAUGUACUACAUCUUUGACAUGGAAUUCCCAAAGGCAUAUGCGAUGGUAAUGGCCGUGUUCCAAACCAUCGUACUCCAGGAGGUUUACAAACGCGAAACAUCGGCCAAAUACAAGCACUUUAUGAAAGACCUGAAAUUUCAGCUAGCUGAAGUUGCUCACCGCGAGGGCCAGGAAGAAAGUGAGAAGUAAGCAUUUCAGGCGAAGUAUGGAUUCCAUGCUUUACAUCAGUGAUUGCUGCAGACGUUCUGUUCAUGAAGAACUCGUGUGCUAUUGACAUAUGAAUUUGAAACUCAAUAAAUAAUUCAUUUUAACAGUUCA